AUGUCUCUAUUUGGAGCCGCACCGCUACCGCCGACCAAGCUCGGCCGCUAUCGUCAGUUCGCGCCCCGUGCCGCAAUCCAUGUCUCCCCGCUCUGCCUGGGUGCAAUGAAUAUCGGUGACAAGUGGCAUGCGAUCGGAAUGGGCGACAUGAACAAGGAGUCCUCGUUCAAGCUCCUCGAUGCCUACUUCGACGCGGGCGGCAAUUUUAUCGACACCGCGAGCAACUAUCAAAGCGGCUCAUCGGAGGAAUUCAUUGGUGAGUGGGCGGAGGCCAGGGGGAUUCGUGACCAGCUGAUUAUCGCUACGAAGUACACCAACAUGUUCAAGGCACCCAAUGAGGAAGUGAAGCAGAAGGUCAACUUUGUCGGGAACAACCUCAAGAAUCUGCGGCUCAGCGUCGAGUCAAGCCUGAAGCGCCUGCGCACAGACUACAUCGACAUCCUGUAUGUGCACUACUGGGACCUGCACACCUCCAUCGACGAGUUCAUGGACGGCCUGCACAACCUUGUCACCGCCGGCAAGGUCCUCUACCUCGGCAUCUCGGACACCCCGGCGUGGCUCGUGACGAAGGCGAAUGCAUACGCACGGUCGCAUGGCAAGACGCCCUUCGUCGUCUAUCAGGCUAUGUACUCUGUCUUGCAGCGUGAUAUCGAGCGUGACGUGCUACCAAUGUGUCAACACGAAGAGUGUGCAUCAUCAGGCAUGGCACUCACCAUGUGGGGUGUCCUCGCCAGCGGGCACAUCCGGACGGACGAGGAAGAAGAGCGGCGACGCCAAACCGGGGAGAAGGGACGCACCGUCAUGGGUCCCUGGGAGCGCACGCCCGACGAAAAAAAAAUGUGCGACGCCCUUGUGGUUGUCGCAAAGCAAGUCGGAGCGAAGAACAUCACGGCUGUCGCUAUUGCGUACACAAUGCACAAAGCGCCCUACGUCUUCCCCAUCGUGGGCGGACGCAAAGUGGAACACCUCAUGGACAACGUUGAGGCACUUGGAAUCAGCCUGACGCGAGAACAGAUCUCCUACUUAGACGGCAUUCUCCCAUUCGACAAGGGCUUCCCAAACACGCUCAUCGGCGAAUACGGCACUUACCCGUGGUUAUUGGCCUCAAAUGCCAACUUCGAUAUCCAGCCACUCCUGCCCCCGAUCACUCCUUCCGUUAACUGA